AUGCAAGAGAUCAAAGAUUAUUUGAUCAGUAGUCUAUUCAGUGUCUUUUCAAUAUCAGAGUCAUGCUAUCACGAUGGCGAAAAGGGAUCAAUCAUUCAAUUCAAAAGUAAAUUAAGAUUAAAUCUAGUAUCGAAGCAAUGGUUUGAAUGGGUCAGCGAAUGGGUAUCAUCUAAAUGUACCAUGUCAUCAUCGGUCUAUAGACCAACGACUUGGCUACCUCCUCUUUUGGAAUGCCUACUUCAUACUGGUCAAGGAAAGAGAUAUAUGGAUGGUCUAAAAGUGGCGCCGCCAAUUACAGUUUGGAAGACAAUCAAACACAUGAUACUCGAUGAAACGAGCGAUCUAGUCGAAACGAUGAAUAGAUAUCGUUCAUAUUCUCAACUCUUUCGAGCUACACAAUCAUUUAUCAAAUCGGUUGAUAUUUUGGAAGUGUAUGAUCUAUCGUCGACAGAAAAGUUAAUGACCAACUAUGAUAUGAUUAAACUACUCAGAGAGAGAGCAGAAACUGGUAAACAACCAAUUCGAUUACUAAAUAUCACCAAAAUUGAAAGGAUGGCAACAUUAUUAUCCCAUCCAGAGAUCUCACCAUUAUUCCAACCCCACUCGAUAGUCUUUCCAUCCGAAAAUGACAAAUGGGAAGAUUUAUUAUUCAUCAUGUCAGGAUCAACCGUUUCCAAGAUUACUUUUGAUGCAUAUUUCAGGUUUUCGGAAAGUCUCAUACAAAAUGUAAUAUCCUUGUCCACUUUAAAGCAUAGCCCAUUUGCUUCGGUAACCAGACUAGAGUUUGUUGAUCUCUGCUUUAUGACUCGAGAAAUAAUAUCAUGGUUGACACCAUCAAUAUUUCCGUCGCUCCAAUCACUUUUCAUCAUAAACUAUACAUCUAAAAGAAUUAACCCAAUCGUUGGCCAAAUCAACCAGUUUCCCAAUCCUCUAGUAUCGUUUGAAAUAGAAAACCUGCCUUUUGGAUGUGAUGACUUGCAAGACAUUCGUGUGAAAAAGUUGAUACUUGGGUCCUAUCAUCAUUUAGAUUUCUCAAACAACUCGAUAAUAGACACUCUUGUAUUGCAUUACAACCCUUCAAAACAAAGUUAUGAAUGGCAUUUUAUAUUCCCUCGAAACUUGAAAUGGUUGGAUAUGAUCGACAGUCGAGACUAUUGUAACUGUGUUGAAUUGAAUCGCUUGAUGACAAUCAAUCACGAUGGUGAUCAAGAUUUAACCAUUCAAAUCAACAAGUCGGCCAAAACCUCACAAAGACUCAAACAUGAGGAUUUUGAUUGGAUUCAACAUAGACAAGGAAUUAGAGAGUUGUCAUUCUUGGAUGAUGGAUUAGAUGAAAAAGCGACAAUAAUAAUACUCAAUCAAUUAUAUCUUCGACACCUAAACAAUAUCAAACCAAUUGAAUUGAUUUCAGGUAUCAAUAUAGUCGAUUCCCAAAUCACACCAAUUCUAUCAACUAUUUAUCAUGCCUCUAGACAUACCCUCCAAGAAAUUGAAAGUACUUGCACCGUCACUGGCUUUUUUAGUUGA